AUGGCAGCGCUACCCAAACAUCACGCAAAUCGCUCGCGUACACUCUUCUGUAACCCUUCCCUGUCAUCCACAGGGACAAGUUCUCAAUCUGGAGGCCGCUCUGGCUCACGCACGCCGUCUCUCUUUUCUGCUCGCUCACGUAGACCAUCUCGAGUCCGCACUGACCCCACAAACGGAGAAUCCAGUGAUCCAUGCGUUGACCAAGGCGACGACGACUACCAAGCGUCACAGCAGAGCGAAAACGGAUGGGGCUGGAAUUUCAAUCUCCAACUACCCUACAUCCCACUUGCUUGGGCCCGCGAGCAUACUGACACCUCCAAAAUACGGUCUGUGCAAGUCGUGACCCCGUCCUUUCUUCCCGACGGCGACAGGGACUCGAUCAAAGCGACGUGGCUCGGUCAUGCUUCUUACCUCGUGUCCUUGCCGACUGGAGGGAAACCUAUCCGUGUACUAUUUGACCCCAUACACUCUCAACGAGCCGGGCCGACACAAUUCACGGGCGUGAAACGCCGAUUGCCUGCUCCAUGCGCGGUGGACGAUCUGCCGGAGUUCGAAUUCGUCGUCAUCAGCCACAACCAUUAUGACCAUCUCGAUCUUGGAACACAUCAGCGGAUACGCGCAGACCUGCGAAGGCAGAACGUUCGCUAUUUGGUCCCGAUAGGUGUCAAGGCAUUCUUUACGUCGGCUCCGUUGAACGUGCCCUCAUCGCAGGUGUACGAAAUGGACUGGUGGGAAACACUAUCCCUCCCCGCGGACGCCCAUGCCGAUGAACCUGUUCUUCAAGGAGAACCUGAUGGCCUAGCGAGGGAUCGUCGGUAUGCCAACUUCACUUGCACCCCUGCGCAACACAACUCUGGAAGAGGGGUGCUCGACUCGCGCACGACACUUUGGGCCAGCUGGGUCGUAGAGACUCGGAUGCGGCCUGUCGAGCAAGAUGACACUUCCGCCAGGCGUGUCGCUGUGUACUUUGCGGGUGACACCGGCCUUAUGACCCCAAAUGGUCCAUGUACCAUAUUCGACGAAAUCGGCGAUCGACUGGGCCCUUUCGACUUGGCACUCUUGCCAAUAUGGCGAGGUGGCUCGUUAUCCUUCGUCUCUCGCCUUGGUCUCCGUAUCGAACAUGAGCAUCCGUCAACAACGGCGCUCACAUCUCUGCACGCUACACCCGCCCAUGCCCUGCGCAUGCAUCUGAGUUUGCGUUCAUCUCACAGUCUGGCGAUGCACUUCGCGACUUUCUCCGGAAACGAGAACGAAGCGCGAGACGCCUGCGUAGAGCUAUUCGAGGCUCGCGAGGCUUGGAAUGCGGUAUUGCGCGGCGACGUCGAGGAUGAGUCGGGCGUCAACGGCGUGUUUGGAGGGGCCGACACUGGCUCUGACCAUCGCAAGGCUGGAGAUAAGGAGAAAGAUCUGCUGAGUCCGGAGGCUGCAAACGGAAUGAGUAUAUUGGGCGGCGACAUUGUGGCCGAUGUUGAGGACAAGCGCAAGGUUGGCGAGUGGUGGGAGUCCGGUGGAUUCGGGUGGAUUGACAUUGGGUGCACUGCUAUCAUCCCUCUAGACGAAAGAUCACCACGCGAGGUGGCUGGAAGCAAGUUACAGUACUGA